CUCGCCAUUCUAUUGUGGCCGCCCAGCAGCCCAGAUAUGAACAUCAUCGAGCAUGUCUGGGACCAUCUCGAUCGGAUGGUGCAUGCUUGCGACCCUCUUCCUUGGAACAAGCAGCAGUUGUGGGUCACCCUGCAGGAGGAGUGGAAGGCUAUUGGGAUGGACUAUAUU